AUGUCUGGGAGCUAUGCAUCUGCCAGCAGCAACAGACGAGCGGGCUAUGGAACUUCCCCAAAGACCAGGGAAACAGUCGGGCGAGAGAGGCCAGCAGGCAUCCGACAGGCAGAAACGCCAGGGGCAUCAAGCUUGCUAUCCAUGAAGAAGGCUCAUGAGGUGCCUGUCAGCACAGCAAACCUGCAGCACAUCGAAGAGGCAGCCAAGUCGGGGUUAGGCAGGCGGACCUCCCUGCCAAGUCGUGCAAAGGCACAUGCUCGCGCUGACGGUGCUGCUGCCAGCCGUGGGCGGAAGGCAAGCCCAACAAGCAAACUCACACAAGCAAAGGAUGUGAGUGCGCCUGUUGAAGUCGGCAAGAAUUUGCUCGGACUGGAUUUUGCCCUGCUGGCGCAAAGAGCCGCACCCAGCUCCAAGAAUCGACUUGAACAGAUUCUUCAGCAACUAAGUGACGAGAUCAGCAAGAUUGCAUCACAGCCUGAUGAUGAGCGUAAACGCGCUUCGGACGCGUAUUCUUAUGCUCAACAUCCAGCGACUUCCCAAUCUGAUGAGGGUGAAGGCUCAGCCGACACCGCAAGUGCGGCUACCACAGUUCCAAUGCACCACCAGGGCAUCGAGAGCAGGAUCGUGGAGCGCCUUUGCGACAAAGUCCAGGGCAUGCACAGUGCCUUGCAGCAGCGAGACUUGCAGACUUACCACGGCGAACAGGUCAGCUUGGAUGAUGCAGCUGGUCUCCACAAAGUGGAUGCACAUCGAUUGUCGCAGCUGGAAAGCCUGAUCAGCAGCUUGCAAGCCAAAGUGGAGACCUUGCCACGCUACGAGUUUCCCGAGGCGCAGUCAGUCCGGAACGAUCGGCUUCGCGUCGAAACGAGCGAGCUACAGCAGCAAAAGGAUGCGCUGAUGGCCGAAGUCAUGCAACUUCAAAGGCAGAAGCAGGCACUGAGCACACAGGGUGCAUCAGGUGCAAGGUUGUGCGGAAUUCCAGCAGCCCCCAUUGUAGCUGCAUCAUCAAGUGUGCCGGCAGGACGAGAAGUUAGAGGGCAGGCGGGCAAUGUUUUGAUACCUCAGCUGCGGUUGGGUCACCUGAGUGAUGUGGCUGCAAGCGUUUCGCCACCCCAGUCAGCAAGGGCAGAAAACCAAGCAAAGACUCUGUCGCUCCCCGUGGGUUGCUCUUUUGCCGUGCCCUCACCACGUGGACCUGAGCCUUGCUCGGCCAGAGCGCCGCAAGCAGUGCCGCAGCCCUCUGUACCGCAGGCGGUCUUGGCCUCCAUGGGAGGCAGUCCUCCCCCGGUGCGCUGGGCGCACGCCGCGCCCGGCGUCCCUGCCAUGGCCCAGGUCCCCGGUUGGGACAUGGAGCCACCACGUGCAGGCAUGAAAUCUUGCCUGGCAUCCAUCAUGACGAAGGUGGAUUGCAAAAACACUGGGGCGAUAUUGCAUGUGGUCGCCGUUCGGUCUCUGUGCCACCUUGGCUUGCUUGAAGCUGGACGUGUUACAUUCCACGUUGAGGAGAUGUGUGCAAUGGCCGUCGACCGACCGACCGCCGGCCUUCGACGUGCUGAGCGUGAGAUUCUGAUUUCCGUCAAGACUGUUUUCAAGCAGGAGCUCGAUCUCAUCCAAGUGGACGACACGAUCCGGUAUUGGGCAGAUCGCGCGAUGGACGAAGCGUUUCCGGACAGAACCACUCAAGCCGUUCAGGGUGCCUGGCUGCUUGCACGUGUUUUGCGACACAGUGAAGGCAUUGGUAAAUCCAUGAGCAUCGUAAACACAGCGGCCAUUUUCCUAGCGGCCUGCAGCAUCAUGCUGUCAGACUUUGUCAGACCCACGUCAGAGCUUGAUCUCAGCGCAGCGGUUGCGAAAGCCGCGUCAAGCACUGAGAACCAGACGGAGACACACGCUGGCCACACCUGGUUGCGAGGGGAGCGUCGAGGAGAGGCAUCUCAUGGUGAUCGGGAGAAAGGUGCACCCCACCCGGCCGCACAAACGAGUUUGGUUUUGCCGGGGGAUCACUUGUGGAAGAAAGGAGGGAGGUUCUCAGGAAAGCUGUACGAUCACCACGUGAUCUACAAAGCCAGAGAUGUUGACGGACAUGUGAUAAUUGAGAACUCUUUCAGGGCCGGUGGAGUAGUGCAAAAAACUCUUUCUGACACGCAGCUUCGACACUAUGAGCUCUACGAGAGGCCUUGUGACUCAGCGAGCUGCUUGUCAAGGGCCGAGGCAGCUGUCACGGAAGGUCGCAAGUAUAGCCUUGUUUUCUACAACUGCGAGACCUUUGCCAACGACUGUCUGCACGGCCACGGUGGCAGCUACCAGGUUCGACGAGCGACAACCCAUGUGGCACUUUUGACAUCAGUCUCUGGGGCUGCAGCCACCUCUGCAGCGGUUGGCCUGGUCACCACGAAGCACAUCGUCGUCACCGUCCCAGAGAAAGGGCGGAAGGAGGCCCUGACACAUCCAAAACAGAGCCUGGUGUUGGAUGCCAGGCCGCGAGCGCUCGAGGUCUCGCAAGAAGGCACAGAAGCACUCCAGCUGGAGCUGGAUCAGCAGGGACUACCCGCGGUCGAAGUGCAGCGACCGUGGUUCGAUUCGUACUUUGCCUUUUUCGUUGCCACUGCUGAGUCGCAAAAGGACUGGAAGAGUGGUGAGACACAUGUCAGGUGCAGCUGGCAGCAGGAGGCCAUCAACGGCAAGGAGCUACUAUGUAAGUAA